AUGGUUGGGGGAAAAUCACCAAUCGAUGCUUUUAAGUGCCAGUUAGUUUGCAAACUCUUUAGAGAUUCUGCAACAUUAGACACAAUAUAUCAAACCAUGGAUAAAAAGCGAUUAAGGUUUCGUCCAUUUAGUGCUGAUAUGUAUGAAGUCUUACGCAGAUGCAGAAAGUUGAACAACCCAUACAUACUCUUCAACUAUGGAAUGUUAGGAGAAGAUGACGCAGGGAAACAGUUGCUUCAAUAUGCAACUGAUAAGGGACAGUUGGAUGCUAUCUUCGUUCUGGGAAUGUUAUUGAUGGCCGAAGGCAGUGAAAGGAAGCAAGAAGCUCUAAUCAUGUUGAAUAAUGCUUACAUUAAUACAAGAAGAUGUUGGAAUCUGAGACAAACCUGUUACAAGGUUCGAAGCCACUUGGAUGCAUGUUUGGUUGAGUUUGCUAAGAUGUUUGACAUUAGUUUAGAGUAG